AUGAGUAAGCCUACGAUGGUGUCGUUACAGGCGAUUGAUGAGCAGCUGGGCGUGUUGGACAAGCUCGUUGGAGAGAUCACCGAUGUGAAGAAACUGCAGGAGCAGCUCACGCUCAAGGUGGACACGCAACAGCUGGGGGAGUUGGAAUCAAAGGACAUUGAGUUACAGGACGAGUUGGACCAAUUGCAAGAGCUUUGGUAUCUGAUGACGUUGCAGAAGGAGAUAGAGGUGAAUGUUGAUCUGUUUGAAUUUGAAACGGUGUUUCAUUCGCUGUCGAAGCUGAAGAGCAAGGUGGAUCAGAUGAACAUCAAGAGCGAUGCUAUCCGGUCUAAGCUGAUGAUGGAGGGCUCCAGACUGGAAGACCUUGCAGUGAAUAAGCUCCUGGACUGCUGGGAUCAGAUUGUUCAUGUCACAGGUGGCUCAGUAACGCUGAACAGCGAGAUCCAUGUGGAUGGGUUCCCCAUAUCGUUUGAAGCAGUGGUGUUGAUCGUGGAACACUAUUCACUGCCACAACCACGGUUCAACUUGCCGAUGGUGAUCUUUGACCUCUUGGUCAAGCCUCUGUUCGACUCUGCACUGGUGCUAGACGGAUCCACGAUUAGCGUUGUUGAUGUGGUUGCAUCGCAAUCGAUCACGGAGACGUUGAUACAGCAUAUCAACUCUACCAAGGCACUUGUUGACUUCAUCAGUCUCAUACCUCAUAAUGCAAAGGUCAUCUCGUAUAUCUCACCAAGGCUGUUUGAUGAAUUGAAAGAGGUGAUCACAAAGCAUGCCAAACAGAUCUCAGAAUCCUCUGUGCUUCAACAGAAGUUCAAGGACCUCGGUGAUUAUAUCACUGAGAGACAUUUCACGAGAAGCAAUCUCAAACAGUGGAUUUCGUCUGAAUUGUAUCUUCUGGCUACUGAGCACUCGUUGAACUCCCAUAUUUCUCGUAUAAGAGAUGCCUUUAAGGAUGACAGGAAUCUGGUUGGAACCAUGCAAAAAGUAUCACCAUCAUCGACAUCACCAUCUCCCAAAGAACACGAAGAACGUGCUAAGGCCCCUGACAACGAAUGGGACAACUGGGGGAGUGAUGACGAUGAUAAUGAUAAUGUUGAUGAUGUGAAUGACGAUUGGGGGAUGGAUGAGGGCAUUGACGAUAAUUGGGGAUGGGGAGAAGAAGAGGAACAGCAACAGCAACCCAAGCCGAAGCCUAAGCUCGUAUCGAAGCUAAACAAGCAGCAGCAAAGCACAUCAAGAAAUGUUUCGAGAAGUGACACUCCAUUGAAAUCAGAAACUGAAUUGAUCACUACGCAUUUCCCUUCCCUGAUGAAUGAAAUCAUCAAAAGUUACAUCAAUGCUGGCAAGUCUCUACCAGAGGAGUACCAGCAGAACCAUCUGAGCAAAUUGGACUACCUUUUAACGUCGUAUUAUGCUCUCGCCACUAUCAAGUACACAGACCUGCUCGUUGUCUACAACGACGUGAAGUUGUUGGACGGUUUAACACGUGUUCCUUCCUUAGUGGAACAAGUUGAUCGUUUGUUAAUGCAGGAGAUCAAAAGGUGUGAAACGUCUAUUGCUACUCGUUAUGAACAAUUACAAGGAUUGAACCCACAAUUGUCAUCUGGGUUCACCUUUGGAAUCAUCCAGGAGAUCCAGACCAGGCUUUCCGAUCUAUUCAAGAGGGUCAACGUCUUACCAGACGAUGUCAAGACAAGCGUUGUGCUUUCAACGAUGGAUGAGUUUUACCAGCUGGUGAUCAACUCAAUCAUGGAGAAGACCGACAUUGGCGAGCAGGAGAGUGAAUACCUCUCACAGAUCAUCGGGAAGUUCUUAGCGUUGGAUCAACCACUUGGUGGUGCCAUCAGUGAAUACUCUAAGAACUAUCAAAAGUUGUUACAGUUGGAGUUCUUACUGGUGAACCACAUGAAAGAGAUCAUGUCUAAGUUCUAUGACGGUGGCUUCUACGAGUUGGAUACCGAGGAGAUUGUGUCGAUGUUGGAUAAAUUGUUUGCAGACAGCGACCUAAAGAGAGAUAGCAUCAGUGAGAUUAGAGAGUUGAGGAACGAACAGGACUGA